CAUAAGUCAGUAUUAGUUAUUCUUAUUUCAUGUCAUGAUGUUUUUACAUUUUUAUUUAGUUGGUAAAAUACCAUUUUGAUAUAUAUUUUUUUAAUAAUGACGGAAAAUGAAGAGUUAAAAUUAGGAACUGAACUUAAUGGUAAAAAAUGUGACCUAACGGAGGAGAAAGAUGACCCUCAUGCAAGUGGCGCAUCAAAUUUUCUAGAUAAGACUGUUCACAAUAUCGACAAUUUGAAAUCUAUUGAUUUCAAUUCAGCUGACGAAGUGAGACAAAAAAUGAAAGAAAUUUUUGGACAAGGAUUGAAGUUUGACGAUACAGCUGAAGACAAUAUUAACAUUAGAAAUGCUGGAGAUCACGAAACUGAGAAAAAAAUAUUACAAAAACAUUUAAUGACGAAGGAUAAAGAAACGGACGAUCCAAAACGGGACGAUGAUCACAUGAUCUCAGAUUCAAAUUAUUUGCGUUGUUCAACAAAAAAUCAUAUCGGAACAUCUAGAAAGAGGCCAGGAAGACCACCCAAAGCUGGUCCCUCAAGAAAACUAAAGAAGCAAAGCGUAUCGUCUAUGUAUUUAGGAAAACUAACCAACGUUGUGUUCCUAAAACGUAUCGGAUCAAGUAAUGUUUCUGAUAUAGAGUCGUUAGAUCUCUUAUAAUUUUUUUUGCGACUCAGAAUUAUUAUUAAAAAUAUAUUAUGAAAAGUAUUGUUAGCAGAUUUAUUUAAACGAACAAAC